AAUUCUCAGCAAAUCUCUAUCAUAAACGGUAAAAAAAAAAAAAUGGAAUCCGAUUCAGACUCCGAUGGCUCUCACGUCUCCGCCACUCCUCCACGAGAUCCCUAUCAACCACCACCACCGCCGCCGCGUCAGUCUACUACCUCCUCCAAAAAACCCAAACCUAGCCUUAAACCCAAAAAACCACCAAUCCCAAUCCCAAUCCCAAACCCCAAACCCAAACCUUCACUUUCGCCUUCACCUCCAUCCUCACCCACUCCUUCUCCCCUCUCUACUCUCCCCUUCCAAAUCCUCCGCCGCACAUCCGACCACCACCACCACGACGAUCCAAUCUCCGCCGCCCAAGCCCUCCCCGCCCGCCACUUCUCCAACUCCGCCUCUUUCUCCAAACUCAACAAACCCUCUCUCAAUUUCGAGCCCCCCGAACCCAACACUACUGUCACCGAUCAUUUCCAGUCCAAUUCGGAAGCUACGAAUUCCACAAACUCACACAGAGUUGUUAAGAGACACUCCAAUUUGAUCGGAAGUAACCCGCCUCUACCGCCGGCGAAGUUGCGAAAAUGCGGCAAUGAAGGGAACUUCGUGAAGCUUAACCUGAAUGGAAAAAGGCGAAAGUUUGCCAAUAAAGGCAAAACCAGAAGAAAUAUCUAUGGCUCUUAUUCUACAAGCAGUCGAAAAUUUCAUAGAAAAAAGAAGAGAAAAGUUGAAGGUGAAGGUGAAGGUGAAGGUGAAGAUGAGAAGAAUGCGUGCGAAGAAGAUGGUUUGGUUGUGGAAACUGAGCAACAGAAGCAAAAACAGGAAAGUGGGAGAGCGAAAUUGGACUCCCAAUUGAUUGAAGAGGCGGCAUUGGCAGCGAGAAAUGAGGCCUCGGAUGAGAACUUGUUGAAGCUGUUGAAUUUGGUGUAUGGUUAUGAUUCGUUCCGAGAUGGGCAGUUGGAGGCAAUCAAGAUGGUGCUGGCCGGAGAAUCCGCGAUGCUGGUUUUGCCAACUGGGGCUGGGAAGUCUCUGUGUUAUCAGUUGCCGGCAAUGGUUUUGCCGGGGUUAACGCUGGUGGUGAGUCCUUUGGUCGCGCUGAUGAUUGAUCAGUUGAGGCAGCUGCCUCCUGUGAUUCCGGGUGGUCUUCUCUGUAGCAGUCAGACACUUGAAGAGGUUUCCGAGACACUGAGGAAGCUUCAAGAAGGAACCAUCAAGGUGCUAUUUGUCUCACCGGAGAGAUUUUUAAACUCGGAAUUCUUGUCAGUAGUUUCUACUAAUUUAUCGAUCUCACUUGUUGUGGUUGAUGAAGCUCACUGUGUAUCUGAAUGGUCGCACAAUUUCCGGCCUUCAUUCAUGAGGCUCAGGGCAUCUAUGCUUCGUGACAGACUAAACGUUGGAUGCAUUCUUGCAAUGACUGCUACUGCCACAGUCACAACAUUAAAUGCUGUUAUGUCUGCUCUAGCCAUUCCGCAAACCAAUCUGAUUCAAAAAGAACAACUAAGGGAAAAUUUACAAUUGUCAGUAUCUUUAAGUGGAAAUAGAAUGAAAGAUUUGCUGAUGUUGAUGAAGUCUUCUCCCUUUAAGGAAGUCAAGAGCAUCAUCAUAUACUGCAAAUUUCAGUCUGAAACUGAUCUAAUAAGCAGAUACUUGUGUGAUAAUAAUAUCUCAGCAAAGAGCUAUCACAGUGGAAUCCCUGCAAAAAACCGUAGCCGUACACAGGAAUUGUUUUGUUCAAACAAAAUUAGAGUGAUUGUUGCAACUGUGGCAUUUGGAAUGGGGCUUGACAAGCAGGAUGUUGGAGCUGUAAUUCAUUACAGCUUGCCAGAAAGCUUGGAGGAAUAUGUUCAGGAGAUUGGGCGUGCUGGAAGGGAUGGGAGGUUGUCCUAUUGCCAUCUACUUUUUGAUGAUGACACGUACUUCAAACUUCGUAGUCUGAUGCACAGUGAAGGAGUAGAUGAACAUGCGGUAAACAAAUUUCUCAAUCAAGUUUUCAAUGACAAGAAUUCGCAUGGGAAAAUAUGUUCAUUAGUCAAAGAGUCAGCAUCCCGCAUGUUUGAUAUGAAAGAAGAGGUGAUGUUGACACUUCUUACGAACUUAGAGUUGGGUGAAGUACAAUACUUGCGUUUACUUCCACAACUAAAUGUAACUUGUACUUUAAAUUUCCACAAGACUUCCCCAGCGUUGCUAGCUGAAAUAAAUAGGGUUGUUGCAGCAAUUCUUAAGAAAUCUGAAGCUAAGCAAGGGCAAUAUCUGUUUGACAUACCCACAGUGGCAAAUAGCAUUGGAAUUACAGCAAUUGACCUAUCAAAUCAGUUGCAGAAUCUAAAGUUUAAGGGAGAAAUAACAUAUGAGGUGAAGGACAUGGCAUUUUGUUAUACAAUCAUGAAAGUACCUGGUGAUUUUUGUUCUCUGUCAGCACAUCUUACAAGAUGGUUAUCAGAAGUCGAAACUUGUAAGGUACGGAAGUUGGACACAAUGUUUAAUGCUGCAGUCUUUGCAACAAAUGCGUGUGAGAAGAAGCAUGGUUGCUUUGGUUCUCAGCAUACACCAUGCUUGCAGAAGAAGAUUUUGGGUUACUUUAAUGAAGAUGAUAACUCUGACAUUUCUAAUAAGAUGGGUCAAAGCAGCCGAUUUUUGCGAGCAGACAUUAAGGUCUUUCUACAGAGUAACUCACACGUUAAAUUCAACCCCAGAGCUGUUGCAAGGAUAAUGCAUGGAAUUGCAAGCCCAUCCUAUCCUUCUAUGAUUUGGUCCAAAACUCAUUUUUGGGGAAGGUAUACACAAAUAGACUUCCAGGUGCUAAUGGAAGCAGCAAAAGCAGAACUCAUGAAUUAUGUUGGGAAGGAAGCACUCUAAUCUUUCAGGAUCAGAUGUUCCUAGACUUCUUGUCCUUGUAAAGCAUUUGCUGUUUGGAGGCAAAUAUACAACACCAAAGAGCAAGUCCUAGACUUAUUGUCAAUGUAUAAAGAUGUUAACUUAUGGCAGAAAUGGUAAAUAAAUCCAAGAUCUGGAUGAACACAUGGAAGAGCCCAAGUCUAACUUUCAAAUCUUCAUAAUUUCCGUACAAUCAUCAAAUUUCAGUUCUUACAUAUGUGGCUGUGGGCCUGAUCAUAAAGAAGUUAAAGACGGAACAAUUGGAUCUUUUUCUUCUUGGAGUGCUUAUCGCCAAAUGGUAUAAUGUUAAUGGGUGCCUUGCCGUUAAAGCAGGGUUCAUUUUAGAAUACACUGUCCUGAGCAGAAUUUGUAUCCUUCUUUCAUUAUAUAGUGAGACAAAAUGCGUUUGUAAAUGUUUGCACAAACGGCACUCAGGUUUUGUUGGUCUAAAAGGAAUGUGACUUGUCUCUCAAAAAAAAAAAAAAAAAAGGAAUGUGACUUUGGCUUUUUCAUAAA